AUGAGCUGCCGUUUACCUGUACUUGAUCCUUUUCAUCCAUCUAUCAUGAAGUAUAUAUCAGCUACAUCUUACCCAGAAUGCCCGGGAAAGCAAUAUGGCGAGUUAGUCGACGGAAGAUUAAAAUAUUCAGGUGAUUAUUUUGCUUGUUCUAGGGGUGCGCAUUUACUAAAAGGGCACUUCUUUCUUCUUACCCACUUUACGCGAAUACUCCCGGAAAUACGUCAAUUUUCUACGAUUAUUUCUAAUCUACGCAUGCUCACCAGUUCGUUUCGGUACGGACGAUGAGUGGAAAACAGCUUUUAAGCCAGUUUUCCGCUUCAAUCGUAUCGUACCGAAAUGUAGCGUAUUUCUUUGUUUCCUGAGCACUAGAGGGGAACUAAUGACUUGGACACAAAAGAAAAUCAGGGGCGCCGGAGCCACGGGGGCAACUGCCCCCGUUGCCCAAACAGUACGGGGGCAGCACGGGGGCAACAGGUUGCCCUAUUUACCGCAACUGCACUUCGAAAUUCGUGCGUUAUUCCCAGGAAUUGGAAUUUAUAACUAUUUUGAAGCAGUGUUUAAGCAAUCUUUGUUUAAAUAAACUAGUUGUAGUAAAAUUUGUGCUAAAUCAAGGAAUAUACGCCCAUUUCCUGAUUUUAUUUUGCGCCCUUAGCAAGGUGCAACAAAUAAAAUUGUUCAAAAUUAAUGUUGAAGUUCACCUGUGUAAUUGAGUAUCCAUACACCCUUUUCAUAAAUGGCUGCCGAUUAAAAAUUCUUUUAUGAGCAUGUAAAUUGGCCCAACUAGCCUCGUACUCAUGUUAAGAUUUCAAAGGAAUUUCUACCCAGAAACGAGGCUAGUUGGGCCAAUUUAUAAGCACAUAAAAGAAUUUUUAAUCGGCAGCCAUUUAUGAAAAGGGUGUAUACAGUAACCGUUUUAACAAAUAUCGCCGCACAGAAAAAUGAUGGCUGAGAAGCAAGUGCCCUUUUGAAAUGGCUGCCCCCGCCGCUUCACUUUGCUUCCGGCGCCCCUGAAGAAAAUGUUACGGUACGUUAGGAUUGAAGUGGAAAAUACUACGGCUCAGGAAACAACGAAAUACGCUACGUUCAUUGAAGUGGAAAACUGGCUUAAAGAUGAUGUCCACCCCGUUCUGCGCAUCAGUUCUGCUCAUAACAAAGGGGGACCCCCACGGAUAUAAACAUUGCCCAAAUUUUGCAUCUUUUGAACUUUUUUGAAUUGAAACGUAUAGUUUAUAUUCAUUUACAAGCAUAUAGCGAAGCAGAAAAGUGUUAGAUAUUCAGUUAGUAUAUCAUAUUUUACAAAUAUAGCAGUUCAAAAUGUGUUCGCGCAUGUGCACACGAGUGGACAUCAUCUUUAAGUGUAAACAAAAUAGAACCAUGCAGACGAAUUCUGGAAAUUUAGAAGAAAUAAUAAAUGAAUAUGUCACAAAUGCUUCGCUUCCAACCAAAAAUUAUUAACAUAUUUUUCUAUAGAUGACGACAUCGUUAGCGCGACGUACCGUACCAUUACGAGAAACGGAGACUUCGCUGUAAAAUUCAGCCACAGUAUACCAGUACACCCAUAUCAAACAAUCACAGACGAAUUUUUCGAAGUCGACUUUCAACUUCAAGAUAACCGCACUGCCAAAGAAUUUUACCUACAAGUUGUCCCGCGCGAAAAUUUACUAAAUCCGCAACCACGGAAAUCGCCCGGAAUACCAUUGAAUAUUCUUAUUAUCGGCGUCGAUUCUCUAUCCCACGCAGGAGCUAAGCGAAAGUUACCGAAAAUUUACAAGUUUUUGCAGAAAGAGCUGGACGCCUAUAUCUUCCAAGGACACGUAGUUACGGGAGACGGAACGACGCAACAAUUGACUCCGAUGUUGACAGGUCGAAAGUUUUCUGAGCAGUACGAAGGUAGAGUGGGAUUUGAAAAUGCUCGCACACUUGAUGACUGGACAUGGGUAUAUAAAGAGUUAAAAGGUAUAAGAAUUUAUUGACACGUUGGUUGUGUGACUCUUGGUUGUGUACUUGUGUUCGAACAAAACACCCCACCAAUUUUCUUUAUUGUAAUUUAACGCUGAUUUGGUUUUUCCGAAACACCCUCUGUCUCGAACCGUUUUUUUCCCUCUGUUCUGUCUGUUAAAUAAUUCACUAACAUUAUCUACUGGAUUGACAAUGUUGAACUAUUUCUAUAGAGCAUGGUUAUAUAACUGGUUAUUCUGAAGACAGUAUUGAAUAUGGUCCGUUCCACUAUCGUCUCAAAGGAUACACGAAUCAACCGACAGAUUUGUACUCAAGACCUUUCUUCGAAAGGGCAAAACAAUUCAAUAAAGGACGACCAAAUUUAUGUCUUAAUAACAAGAAUAUUGCGCGAUACCAAUUCGACUAUAUCAGAAGUGUGUUUGAGACAUUGCCAAAGCAACUAAAAUUUUUCUUUUCUUUCAAUGGUAAGUACAUUGACGUUGUCUUUUUGUGUACUUUUCAAGCAGGGGCAAGCAACAAAACCACGGUGCCCAUGCGGUCUACCUCUCAAGUCCAGGUAACUAUUUUCGCUCCUCCCCUCCACCUAAAAAAGAAGCCUUGAUGAAAGCAAAAUGCGAAAGAACAAGUUAGAUUCUGAUGCUAGUCUGCAAUACCAUAAAAUUUUAAACGUAUUUGGAACGUGCUUUAGAUUGGAUCGCCCCAAUCAUCGUUGCGACGACUUAUGGAUGGCUGUCCGCUAUAUACAGUACAACUCAAAUUAGUUUAGGGCUAUUCACUCUAGCAACUUAUUAGAUCGAUCCGAAAUCGUGGGCUGCCCCUUCUCUCACAUAGACGAAAACAAUUUUUCAGUAAGGAUUUCAAUUAGUACGCAAGAUCUCGCCUAGUAGUAGUAGGACUACCAGCGCUUCAUGCAGGGCUCAUAUACAGCUGAUUCAAUGAAGCUUGUCCUUUCAAAACCUUAAACUCUGAGCGCACAAGAGAGAUGGGUUUUUACCUGUUAGGCCCUUAAACUCAGAAAAUUGCCUUUGCAACAAGUAUGUUUUUUGUCGUGAGUCUUCGAUAUGUCUCAGGUAUUCUUGCAAAGCCAAAUUUCAAAGUUUAUGAGUCUAAAUAAGCAAUAACGCAUCAUCCCUAGCGCGCUCACAGUUUAAGUUUUACGUUUUUAGAAGGACAACCUUAAUUGAAUUAGCUGUAAACACCCCCUGGGCCCCUGGGUGUUGACCCCCUUCGCUCGAAAAGUCGACGUUCUGUCUAUAUUUUUCAAGAAGUUGUAUCUCUCUCAAUCCGUCCCUUUCCAUGAAGAUAUAUUACAUUUCUUCUUAGAAUGACCCAAAUAGUACUCAUGAGACCGGGACGAAGUGAAACCGGAAUGAAAAUUGAAAUUGUCAGCAUGUUUACAUGAGACCGGUACGAAAAUCACAACAUUUUCAAUUUAUUCCCCUUGCCAAGCAAUUUUCUUUUUUAGAUGGCUUUUGUUAGCAUGUGUUGUUCCAAUGUCAAGGUUACAGCCGAGAUCGGUCUGAAAUGUAUUUGUGUUUACAUUCAUCCCAGCAUGCCGGUCUGAAGUCAGUCGGCUCGGUCUAGCAGGCGGAAUGACUUGAGAUCGGUCUGAGUUAUUUUGGUCCUAGUCUCAUGUAAACAUUUAUUAUAAAUAAUACUAUGACCGAAACGAAAUGGUCCCGGUUUGACUUCGUUCCGCUCUCAUGUAAACGGGGCCUUAGGGGCACUGUAAUUUUAAUAUAUUGUAGAACGAGCGGUUGACAAUUUUUGUUACCUUAUUUUCAGGCGGACAUGGCCAUCACGGAAUCAACAUAGUGCAGAAACUCGAGUGGGAUUUCCUGGAAUUGUUGCAAGAGAUAAAGUCGAAAGGGUACCUCAAUAAUACUUUAUUGAUUGUCAUGGGAGAUCACGGCUUACGAUUCGGUGAGGUGAGAGAAUCAAUCCAAGGCAAGCUGGAAGAACGUCUACCGCUUUACACAAUGACCUUCCCGCCAUGGUUCAAGUCUCGCUAUCCCAAACUUACUGCAAGCUUAAAGACGAAUACAAAACGUCUGACGUCAUGGUUUGAUGUGUACGCAACGUUUCGCCACAUGUUGUCGUUCCCAGACCUCCCGUCGGAUCUAAAGCACGGUCAAAGUCUUCUCACCGAGAUUCCCUACUCUCGCACAUGCGACGAGGCUAGUAUCCCCGACCACUGGUGCCCGUGUUUAGAGUGGUCUGCGGUAAGCGUGGAGCAUAGUCAUAUUAGAAAUUCAGCACUAGCAACAGUGAAAUAUAUUAAUAAUCUUAAUCAGGAGAAGAACAAAAGUAGAACGUUAUGUGAAAAGCUUACUCUAAUGGAAGUGAAGUAUGCGAUGUUGGAACGACCCAAUGAACGUGUUUUACAAUUCAGUCACGUAGACUGGGAUUGGAAGACGAAUUUUAACGCAGAUUUCAAAAACUCUCAGGCAUACCUAUGCCAGUAUCAACUACAAUUUGUGACAGCACCUAAUAAUGCUGUUUACGAGGCGACAGUCAAGUUCGUUCGAGGCAAAUUUGUUGUGAACGUUGGCAUCAGCAGAGUUAAUAAAUACGGCAACGAACCGUAUUGUAUCGCAAGCGACUUUCCACAUCUAAGGAAGUUUUGCUCUUGCACAAUUAAAUAG